UGAAACAUCACCAAUAGAAUAAACUAUUAUUAUUGAUCAAUUCUCAUUACAUCACCCUCCCCUCCCCCCAAAGAAAAAACAUACCUCGCCCUUAAAAAUAAUAUUUUCUGAAAACAUAUAGAAUAUUUUCAAGAUGACAAACCGACCCUACCUUGCUGGGUAGGCCACACAAAAGGUAACUACGUCCAAAUAACUUUCACGGUUCCAUUCACCCCAUUCAACUUGCUGGCCUGGACAUGCCCGUGCUCUCUCUUCUCGUCUCCUCUCUUCUCUUCUCUUCUCUUCUCUUCCUUCAAUCGCUGCGGCUUUCUCGUUCAUCCCCCUCCUCUCCUUCCAUUAAAAAAUAUGUUCUAGGAUGGGCCGACCACUUCUCGAUCAUUGAAAAAAAACAAUAAAAAAAUUGUUCCAAGACAAUUGAAAAAGAACAAUUACGGUUAACAGAUGCACACCCCCAUCUGAUUAGAAAAAAAAUUUUUAAAAUUAAAAGCAUGACAAUAAAAUAACAAAAUGAUCCCAAGAGUGUACCCACGGAAAAACCCUGCAUAAAUCUGCAAUCCCAUCUCCAUAACUGCAGUCGCAGCAGUACAAUAGUUUCCAUAAUAAUCUUGCUUUUCCUCUCUGCAGUAUUCUUUCUGUUUCUUCAUUGUUUGAAUUCUAUGGUUAUGGAAGCCAGAGCAGGGGCGAGCAGAGAAGUGUUGAAGCUGACUAAUGCGUGAUUUUAAACGAAAAUAGAUGCAUUUGCCUUUUUUCGGUAGCUGGAUUCUCUCUUUACUCCCUACCCGUUUGGUCUUUCUUCUCACAUAGCUUUCUUCGUGCCCGUUUUCCCCAUUUUCCGGCCCAUUCUGUAAUUAACUCAAGAUCGUUGAUGGCGGAAUCCUUUGCCAUGAACCUCGCUGAGAAAAUCUUGGGGCAGCUUAAGACCCUAGCUCUGGACGAAGUUUCCUUGGCGUUGAAUGCAAAAACAGAACUGAAAAAGCUUGAGAGCACUGUCUCUACCAUCAAGGCCCUGCUUGUGGAUGCGGAGGAGCAGGUGGUAAGCAAUAGGCAGCUGAGAGAUUGGCUCAGAAAGCUCAGAGAUGUUUGCUACGACGCCGAUGAUGUGCUCGACGAAGUUGAGAUCGAGGCGUUGCGGCGGAAACUGGUGAACCGCGGGAGCGUCGAAAGGAAGGUAUGCAGUUUCUUUUCGUGUUCAAAUCCAAUUGCAUUUGCCUUGAAAAUGGGCCCUAAGAUCAAGGAAAUUAGGCUGAGAUUCGAUGAGAUUGCGGCUGAUAAAGCUAAAUUUAAUCUAAUGGAGCGAUCCCUAGACAUGCGUGUUGUUUCCAAAAAGAGGGAGAUGACCCACUCCUUCGAGCGUCCUUCAAAUAUUGUUGGAAGGAAUGGAGAUAAAGAACAAAUUAUACAGCAAUUGAUGUGCUAUAGUGAUCAUGAGAAUGUUUCUGUAAUUCCCAUUGUUGGAAUCGGCGGCUUAGGCAAAACCACUCUUGCUAAAUUGGUAUUCAAUGAUGAGAGGGUGGUGAGGCAUUUUCAGUUAAGACUCUGGGUGUGUGUUGCAGAGGACUUUGAUAUGAAAGUAGUAGUUGAAAAGAUCAUUAGAUCUGCUACUAGAGCAAUCUGUUGCGACUUGGAUAUGGAUCAAUUGCAAGCUCGGCUAAGGGAGACGUUGGAUAAUCGGAAAUAUUUGCUAGUUUUAGAUGAUGUAUGGAAUGAACAUUAUGGAAAAUGGGUUGAGUUGAAGAAUCUGUUAAUGGACGGUGCCGAUGGGAGCAAAAUCGUGGUGACAACACGCAGUCAUUCGGUUGCCUCGAUUAUGGGCACCGCUCCCUUACACCGAUUAAGCGGUCUGAACGGUGAGGAUUGUGUCUCUCUGUUUGUGAAGUGGGCAGUCGGGGGAAAACUAGAAAAACGACAUGCAAAGCUCCUUGAAAUUGGGAACGAGAUUGUAAAGAAGUGCAGGGGUGUCCCUCUAGCUGUGAGGACUCUAGGGAGCUUACUGUACACAAAAUUUGAUGAACGCGACUGGUUGUUCAUUAGGGACAAUGAAAUCUGGAAAAUAGAACAGAAGGAAGAUGACAUUUUACCUGCGCUGAAAUUAAGCUAUGAUCAAUUGCCAUCUUACUUGAAACGAUGCUUUGCAUAUUGUUCAAUUUUUCCGAAGAACUGUCGGAUUAGCAGCGAGUUACUGAUCCAAAUGUGGAUUGCACAAGGGCUUGUCCACUCCCUAGACCAAGGUGAAGAGUUGGAAGAAAUUGGACUCCGAUACUUCAAAGAGUUAUGGUCGAGAUCUUUCUUUCAAGAAAUCGAUGACUCUGACUUCACAUUUACGUUUUCAAUGCAUGACCUUGUCCAUGAUCUUGCAGCUUCAGUGGCAAAUGAUCAUUGUUGUCUCGCAAACUCUGAGACUCAAAGUAUUGCCAAAGAGGUCAGACACGUCUCGGUGUCUAAUGAUGACUGGUGUAAAAAGGCGGUUCCAAGCUCCCUGCUUGAAUUGAAAAAUGUCCGGACCCUGAACUUUCAAUUUUAUGACAAGGGGCCUAGUCAGCCCUUCGUUGAUGCUUGCAUCGCAAGAUUCAAACGCCUUCGGGUGCUAGACCUAACUGGCUCGAAUUAUGAAGUUCUGCCGGGUACAAUAGGUGAUCUUAAGCAUUUAAGAUAUCUUGACAUAUCUGGGAAUUUUAGAAUCAAAACACUCCCUAGUUCUAUUUGUGAACUUCAGAGUUUACAAACUCUAGUCCUCUUUCUCUGUGAGGAGCUUGAAGGCUUGCCACGAGAUAUUGGGAACCUGAUUAGCAUGAGAUUUUUUACAAUGACCACAAAACAGUCAUGUUUCCCGGAGAAAGGAAUAGGAAACUUGACUUCGCUUCGAUUUUUCAAUAUUGCAAGAUGCCGGAAUCUGAAAUCUUUGGAUGCAGGGAUACAGUGUCUCGCCGCCCUUCGAACACUGACUAUAAUGGAUUGCAAAAGUCUGGUCUCGUUGACAGGUGUGCAAUACUUGGUUUCACUGGAGAAUUUGCUGAUUUAUAAUUGCCCAAAGCUCAAUUUGUUGACGGAGGAGGAAGAAGAUGUCCAGGGCCUCAAGAGCCUUCGUGUAUUGAGGAUAAGAGAAUUACCAUUGUUGACUGCUUUGCCCCACUGGCUCCUCCCUCAAAGUUCUACUCUUCCCGCUAGCUCCUUGCAGUGCUUAACUAUUUAUGGCUGUCCCAACUUCACAGCAUUGCCCAAGUGGCUAGGAAAGCUCACAUCUCUCCAAAAGCUCCGGCUUUUGCACUGUCCUAAACUGAAAUCUCUACCAGGCGGCAUCGAUUGCCUCACCGCACUCAGACUACUGCGCAUCGAAUCCUGUCCUGAGUUGAGCAGAAGAUGUGUUCGCGAUGCUGGUGUGGACUGGCACAAGAUUGCUCAUGUCCCAGAUAUUUAUCUUGAUUGCCUAAAGGUUUAAAUGCAUAUGAAAUUAGGCGAUGAGUGUAUGUGUAUAUAUAUAUAUAUUUUCCCCAUUACUCCAACUAGUCUGUACAGCCUUAAUUUUCUCUCAUGGUUUGUCAUCCCAUGCUGGCACCUUGAUCCUUCUACUUUAUGCGUUUUGCUUUUAUUUAUUUUUCUAUUUGUUUUUAA